AGCAAUUAGAAAUCCAGUCAGACCCAAAACCAAGACAGAUACUUUGGUUGCAUACAGGCUUUAUAAAUACAAGCUCAUCCAGAAGGCACAAACGUCUAAAAACCUACCCUUUCUUUCACCAGUCUAGUAGUACUUACCAGGCUGUAUAUGGACAAAGAUUUGCAGUAGGUUAGGAAGAAUAAUUCUGGCAAAAGAUGUUAGAUGGGGAAGAAUAUACUCAGGAGAUGGCAGAGCCCUUUUCCAGCAUGAAUGAAGUUACAACUACCAAAAAGAAGAAGAACAAGAACAAGAGGAGGUUCAGUGAUGAGCAAAUCAAAUCGUUGGAAUUGAUCUUUGAAUCCGAAUCGAGGCUUGAGCCUCGGAAGAAGGUGCAGGUGGCUAGAGAGUUGGGGUUGCAGCCACGACAGGUUGCAAUAUGGUUCCAGAACAAGAGAGCUAGGUGGAAAUCAAAGCAGCUUGAAAAAGAUUACAGUAUCUUACAGGCCAGUUACAACAAUCUAGCUUCCAAGUUCGAAAGUCUAAAGAAAGAAAAGCAGGCGUUAGUUAUUCAGUUGCAGAAGCUGAACGAUUUGCUCAAGAAGCCAAUAGAGGAAGGCCAGUGUUGCGGACAAGUUACAACAACGAAUAGCAUUGACGGAGACUCUGAAAAGGGAGAGGCUGUCAAGUCUGAUUCUGAAGGGCAGCUCAGUUUAUCGAUGGAAAGAUCGGAACAUGCACUAGGAGUCCUGUCGGAUGAUGAUAGUGCCAUAAAGACAGACUACUUUGGACUAGAAGAAGAGCCCAGCCUUAUAAACAUGGUGGAACCAGCUGAUGGUUCUUUAACAUCUCCGGAAGAUUGGCGCAGUUUUGAUUCUGUUGGUCUUUUCGAUCAGUCCAGUAGUGGUUAUCAGUGGUGGGAUUUUUGGUCUUGAACAAAUGAAAUAGCAAAAAUUAUGGAGGAAAAUGUAUGCAAAUAAUCUUCCUUUUGUACACAGCCCACGACGGUUUUGGGCAAAGUAGCAAGUAGGGGAUAUGGGAGAGGGGAACACUUCAAUAUAUCACUAAAUUUAGAUGAAGAGAACUAGGUUUUGCGGUCUGAGAAAAUAUGAAUUCAAUUCAUCCUGUGUCUAAAAUCUAACUUCAGCUUCCCUGGUGUGUGCCACUUUCGUCCAGGAAGUAGAAAAUUGGAGUUCACUGUUUAGUCUGAAAUCAUGGGCAGUAGGACUUAGGCAGGCCUUCAAAGUGAUCUUAUGUAUGCUGAAAGGACGGAAAUGAAAAAUAUAUGGAUGUUUGUGUUGGAAUGGGGACUGAGAGACAGAGAAAGAUUGAACAAGGAGUUCACUCAAACAUGACCUAUGGUCAUUCAACUAGAACUUUGAAGGAUGAUAUCCAAAUCCCUAUUUUACCAAAUCCAAUUUUAUUUUUAUUUUCUUUGUC